GUGUGUGUUCCCUUCCCGUGUGAUUAUGACUAUGACCGAGAAUAAAAAAUUAUUAUUAAAUUUCUAAUAAGAAACUCCCAUAAUUUUAAUAAUUUCAUUUUUUGUAUUUAUAUAAAUUAAUCGACUCUAAUCAUGGAUGAUAAACUAGAAACAAGUGAAGAUUGUUUCUCUUCAACUUUUCGUUCGAUAUUAGAAGACAAAAUAUCAGAUUCCCUAACAGAAAAGAUAGAAUCAGAUCUUAAAGCCUAUGACAGAGACAUCGAAAAGAUAUGUAAUCUAUUUUAUGAGGGCUUCAUUGAUUCUAUAAACGAGCUGCUGCAAGUCAAGUCUAAGGUACAGUCGCUGAACAGUGAAAUAUUGCAAGUAGACUCUGUUAUGAAUACAAUAUCCUCUAAAUGCAUUGCCACCGGAGAGAAAAUAAACCACAUCCGCGUCGUCGAAAAGAACAUACAAAAAGCCAUUCAAUGGCUUCAGAAAUGUUUGCCUAUUUUUGAAUGCUGCUCCAAGUACAAGUAUUACAUUUCGCAAAAGCAAUACUAUGAAUCCUUGAAAACAUUGGAAGCCCUGGAGCAAGACUAUUUGCCAACAGUGUUAAAUUACAGAUUCAGUCUUCAAAUGGCAAACAGAAUUCCCAAGUUAAAAGGAAGCAUAAAAACCUGCUCCGAAGGAGAAUUCAGAGAAUUUCUUGAAAACAUAAGAAAGUUUUCGGCAAAAAUUGGAGACGUAUCUAUGCGAUGCACAAAACAAAUGCAAAAGAAAGAUGUCAAGACAAUUAUAGCCGACUAUAAACGAAGCUUAGACAAUUCAUCUGCAAGUGCAGCCGCACAUGAGGCAGAAAUAAGUGCCUAUGACUUGAUAGAUUUUUCACCAAUUUUCAAAACGUACCGCAUCUACAGUGAAUUGGGCUACAAAGAAUUAUUUGAGAAAGAUUACCGACAACAGAGAAAAGAUCAAAUUAAAUUAGUAGUUGUUCCAUCACGUCCCAUGCACAAUGAUUUGGAAGUCUAUAAAAUGUACAUAACUGCUGUUGUAGGCUUCUUUGUUGUCGAAGACCAUGUGAGGAAUACAGCAGAUGAAAUUGCCUCUAAUGCUUAUUUAGAGGAACUAUGGGCCUCCUCCCUUAGUACAUUUGCUAAUCAUCUCAAUAUAAACACAUGCCUCUGCACUGAUCCAAAUAUAUUGCUAAAACUGAAGACCAUCAUAAUUCUUGCUAUAAAUAAUCUUAAAUCAUGCGGUUAUGUAGCGAGUCAACUUUGGGAUUUACUGUACGCUAUUCGAGAUCACUAUAACGAAGUCUUGCUACAGAGAUGGGUUCAUAUUUUCCGAGAGAUAUUGGAAAAGGAAGAUUUUCAACCGAUGCAAGUUAACAGUGCGGAGGAAUUGGAAAACUUAAUCGAAAACUGUGCGUUCAAUUUUGAAAAUGUGGACAAAUUACAGCUGCCAAGGACAUUCCCAUUCUCCAGUAUGGUUCCAAAAGUCUACAAUGAAGCCAAAGAGUUUAUGUAUGCAUCUAUGAAAUUUUGUGAAGAUCUACCCUUAAUGCCCAAUGAAGUGGCCAUAACAGUGAGAAAAGCUGGAACUCUUCUUUUCACAAGAAGCUUCAAUGGUUGCAUCUCGUCUAUUUUUCGAAAUCCUAGCCUUACCCUUCCACAAAUUAUCCAAGUUAUCUUAGAUACCAAAUAUUUAGAUAAGACGAUACCGAAUUUAAAUGAUUUUAUAUGUGAAGUCACUGGCACACAGAAGAACAUCAACGAAAUGAAUACAAAGAUAUUGUACACCAGUUUAGAAGCCGAACGCGAAGUUGUGAGGAGAAUUUGCUCUAAGGUGGAUGAAUUCUUUGAUUUAUCCGACUAUAACUGGCUCUUGAUUGAACCCAGUGGAAAUGCGUCCACUUAUAUAACAGAUAUGAUCUCAUAUCUGAGGAACACCUUCGAAAGCUUUGCCUCCAUACUGCCCGAAAUAGCUCAAACGGCUUGUAAGAGAGCUUGCAAACACAUAUCCGAAAAUAUUCUUAAUAUUCUGUUGGAUAAUGAGGUGAAGCUAAUAACUCCAGCUGCACUGCAGCAGAUAAAUUUGGAUUUAAUUCAGUGCGAGUUUUUCGCCGCUUCUGAACCUAUAGUCGGUCUGAAAGAAGACGAACUGAUGAAACAAUUCUUGCAUGUAAGGCAAUUGCUGGAUUUGUUGAUAAUGGAAGAGUGGAGUUCUUAUUUGCAUGACUAUGGCAAAUCGGAAAAUCGAUAUUAUAUGGUUGAACCAACGACAGUUGUAAUUAUAUUAGACAAGAUGAGAGAGGCCGACAAGAAAACUAUGUUUGCCGUUUUGAAAAAAUCGGAAAGGGAGAAAAAGAAACUUCGCGAGACAGUACAGAAGCAGUUGAAAAGCUUGGUUGACCGCCUUUGAGUUUUGAAAACGUUAACCGUGUUUCUUACUUUUAUAAGUGUGUAUGAUAAAUAUGUCGGAGGGAGAUUUCAUAUUCUUCUCAAGACACGAAAGUUAUUCCAAGAUGUGUUUGUAUUAAGUUAUUUUGUUAUUAUUUAUAAGCAUUAAAUAAACUUUAAUUACAGCCGUA